AUGGGAACAUCUUCGUGCAGGGACUCGACUCCGGAUUUAACGUUCGUCAAGAAUUUGUCAAAGGCGCAAUGGACUAACACUGCUGUUGAUCUUGGCAGCGAUCAUUAUAUCCUCGCUACACACUUUCCAACAGCACCUAAGAGGCCGAAGGAGUUCUUCUUCACGGAUUGGGACAAGUUCCGCAAGAUAAGGAAUGAGCGCCAACCUCCAACCACCAGACUGAGCCUUGAACAGUGGAUGGACCAGAUCAGGGAAGAUAUCAAGAGUAACACUCACAAAAUAUGCACGGACCUUCCCGUGGAAAAGAUGGAUAGUCGCCUAGCCCAUCUACUAGAAGCUAAGCAGUCACUCCUCAAUCGAUGGAAGGGCCAACGGCUAAAUCGCAGACUACGCAAAAAGAUUGCUGAACUCAAUAGAACCACAGAGGAGUACUGCCACACCCUCUCAAAGCAACAAUGGGACGAGGUGUGCAACUCAGUUGAUGGUCAAAUGCGGAAUGGUCGAAACUGGAAUCUUUUAAAGCAUCUUCUGGACGACACCAACACAAGGUCCAACCAGCAGCAUGUGAUGGCAAAGCUUCUGCAUACAGCCACACGAACCAAGACCACGGAGGAAGUCCUGCAGAGCCUGGUGGAGAAGUACCUCCCCGUUGGUCCCCGGCAAGGGACAUCGGUCGCCUACGCAGACUACCUUGGGCCACCCAACUCCGAGCUGGAUGCAGACAUCAGCACGGAAGAGGUUAGGAGGGCGCUGCAUGAGCUUAAUAGCAAGUCUGCUCCUGGUCCCGACGGCAUCACAAAUAGGACCCUCCGUAACCUGGACGAUCACUCGAUAGAAUACCUGACAGAAGUCAUCAACGAGACAUGGAAGGAAGGCAAGGUCCCGGAAGCAUGGAAGCGGGCACUUACAGUACUGAUCCCCAAACCUGGCAAAUCAUCAAGCCUGGACAACUUACGACCAAUAUCGCUCACAUCCUGCGUAGGCAAGGUCGCGGAACAUGUCAUACUCAACAGGCUCACGAGGUUCAUCGAACACAAGGAACUCUACCCCCACACGAUGAUUGGCUUCAGGGCAGGAGACAUGAUCGCGGAAGAGGUGGAGCUUGGAACAAGGGGCACUCCACAGGGCUCGGUGAUCUCGCCCACUUUGUUUAACCUGACCAUGAUAGGCCUUUCCAGAACACUCUCACGAGUCGAGGGCAUCAGGCAUACCAUCUAUGCGGAUGACAUUACCAUUUGCGGCGUUUUCAGCAUCCCUGUCGACCAGGUUACAUCGAGCGGCAGAUUGAUCCGGCUGAAGACAGGACAGGGUGCCCAGGCCAAGCUCCAAGCCUUGACAUGCCACUUCCAGAUGAAAGCUGGGAUGUUUGUGGGUCAUCAGGUCCGACCCGUGUUGCAUACCUCCUAA